GCAUGCGCUCUGACUGAAUAAUGUAUUUUUGUCCCUGAGCCAGCCUCAUGGGACCAACCUAAGUUACAGGACAACACCAAAAGCCCACAUUUCACCUGCGUGCCCAACUGGAGAUACCACAACACAACAACCUGAAGCCGUGUAGCGGAGGAAAUGUGCGUAAUUACGCGCAGUACUGAAGGAAUUUAGCAACCAUACGGUGCGCUUAGUGUCUCCUCCAGGGGUUUCUCCUUUACAGAGGCGAUACUUAUGCUCGAACGGUCAUCAGUGCAUCUACAGUUAGUCCUCACCUCUUAACUCUGAGCUCACAGUCUUUAUGUGCACAGGACAGGACAGGAUGGGAUGCUCCACCAGUACCCAAACUUCAGCGGUAGACACGACUCGACCAAGUGCUAAACCCGAGGAGAGUAACGGAGCCAGCACUACAGGGGCAGCCAAUGAAAAUGGCAAUGUAGCUGAGGACAGUGAAACUAUUCCAGACCAGACACCUGCUGAGGGCAGCGAGGUUAAGCCUGCAGAUGAGCCCGCUCUAGAAGCUACGUCUGCAGACAGCACCGCUGCAAGUCCACCAGCAGGGGAGGAGUCUCAGGAUGCAGCCGACAGCCCACCUGAAGAGACGGCACCACCCGGGGAAGCAGCAGCAGGAGAUAGCGCCCCUGAGACAGCAGCAAGUUCCUCAGAGGCUGAAGCUGCAGCCCAGAGCCAGAGCCAGAAAAGGAGACGGCUGCAGUGACUGACUCGGAGCCCAACACAGACAAUCCACCUGCUCCCAGCGAGUGAAGUGCAACAUGACUGACUGCCCCAGAGGCGUUUAGCUGCAUGCAUGACUGUGUGUGUGUGUGUGUGUGCGUGUGUGUGAGUGUGAAAGACAUUGCCUGUUGCCAAGAUCCAGACCCUGUGGAAACCACUUUGAGUCAGGAUCCUCAGUCACCACUGUGCCUUUUUCCUCCUCCUCGAUGUCUGCAGCUUCUACUUGCAGAGUGUAAAUAGAGUUCAGCAGCACUUAGGUUUGUUUUGAGAGAGCAGAUUAGAUUAUCAUUUUAAAUUUCUAUUUAUUAUCUGUAAUGAAAUAGCACCAUGAACUCUAUGUUUUUAACUUAUCUAGAACCUGAGUUUUUCUGAACUGUUCUACAAAACUGUAAGUCUGUAAAAACUAAAGCCAAAGUAUAUUAGUUUAUGAUAUCAUAUUCUUUAUUUUUGGGUAGCUGACUUGGAUUUUAUGACCAUAUUUUUAGGUAGGAGUAAACCUGAGAUGGUGUUUGUUUUUGUUCACUGAAGAAAAAAAAGCCCUAAAAAUCUGUAAUUAGCAAUAAGCUGUUGAAAAAUUAAAAAGGCCACCUUAAAAUAAAACCCAGUACAUGUGUUUUCUGUGAAUAC